AUGGAUUCACGUUUGAGUGCUUUUAACUCCGGUUUAACGAAGCUUACUGUUCCUCCUCGAACAUAUACAGAAACACAAACCUCUUCCCCACGCACACCACACUCAUCCACUUAUAGCCCUUCAAAACCGUAAUAUCAAAUACAGUCCUCGAUCCAAAGGGAGCCCAAUAAACCCUCAAAACACAGAAAAAGCAAGCGCCAGAAUUAUUCAAAGCAAUUUAAUUUAUGUGAUUAAUUUACCUCAGUCAGCAGCUGAUGAAAGCAUAUUGCGAAGUAAAGAGUACUUCGGCCAAUAUGGUCGCAUAAACAAAUGCUCUCUAAACAAAGGCUUUAUUUUUACAAAUAGUUCGAAUACCCCUGCAUAUGGAGCGCACAUAACUUUCUCUACAGAUGAAGAAGCUGCCCUAUGCAUAAAAGCUUGCCAUAACUACGAGCUGGACGGAAAACCGUUAACAGUCACCUAUGGCACUACAAAGUAUUGUAAUUUCUUUUUAAGUGGCCAAGUAUGCCCUAAAAAAGACUGUUUAUAUCUUCACAAAGAAGCCCCACAGACAGAUACUGUCCUUCGUGAACAUAUGCCGAGCAAGCAUAUACAAGGCCACGACGCUGUUAUAGACAAAAUCCGCGUUGUUGUACAGCCACCGAAUCAACCUUAUAAGUUGCCUUCAGCAAGAGUGGUCAGAGAAAGGGCUGCCAGUGAAAUAAUUCCGACGAUGCCUUCGCAAAGUAGAAUUAGGUCAUAUUCAAAAGAAUUCAAUCUUCAUAGUCUUGUGAAUCUUGUAGAUGAAGGUGAUGAAUCUCCACCAGAAGUCCCGCAAAUUUUUAAUAUUUUGAAAAUAAAUGCAAGAGCACUAACAAUAAUUGUGUGUACCAAUAUUGAGAUAUUAGUUGGAGAGUAAUUACUUAUCACUGGUAUAAUAAAUUGAGACAAAUUGCAUCACCAUGCAAAGAUUUAGUUGAAGUUUCAACAGAAGACAUUGAAGAAAUUAUGAGCCCAAGUAGUCCUGACAAAUGAGCCGCAGAUGUGCUUGAAUUUUUACCUGGAAGCAAAGACGAAGAAAAAGUGCUGGUGUCUUCAAAAAUUCGGAUUAAUUAG